CUCCGCAUAUGUCGGGCUGGCACUGGCUCGCAGCUGGGGAGAAAAGGCACGCGCAUUAGUCUUUCCUCUGAGGUGGCGUUUUGUGCGGCGGACGCACUCGAUGCUGAUUUUUUUUUUUUUUUUCCAUGUUGCAAAUUUCCUUAAUUCGUACAGUAUGAAGUGCCUCGGCCACCGCCCUUACCACCUGGCCGGAGUCCUCCUCCUCGGGGUCCUGUUCUCUGCUGUUUAUUUCCCUUCUCGCGAGGUCGGGACGCCGCUCCUGGUCGACGCCAGCCCCUCCGUCGUUGUCCUCGCCGAGAACCACAACCCUCCGCCCGCCAGAUUCGUCGCCCUUCAAACCGAAACGACGGGUUCGAAAGGCGACGUCGAGGAAACAGCGGGCGACCGUGAGACUUCCACUCCCGCCUCUCCCUCAUCUUCCUCCGUCGGUUCGCCACGCCCCGCCAAAAAUCAGACGUCGAAGGCCUGUUCCUUGGAGGUAGACUUGGCUCCUUGUUCCUGCUCUCGGACCAUCUCCCUCGAGGUGCCCGGGGCCUGUCCGCAGACGUCGACUGAGGCGCUGAAGAGGAUCAAGGAGUCGGUGGGGCAGUCGACGUGUAGCGAGGCGGCGACUCUGAGGGGCCGCGGCCAGAAGGUCGCCAGUUUCACCGUCUAUGGACAGUACCCAACAGAGUACCACAGUGCCCUACAGCGGUUCCUAGUACCCCGGGUGGCGGAAGUGUACCCUGGCUGGGUGAUGAGGAUCUACCACGAUCUAAGUUACGGCGACGAGCAACAGAAGGAAUGGCUGUGCAACAUCACCUGUACAUAUCCACACGUUGAUUUCUGUGACGUUAUGCGUUUGUCCGACCUGGGCGACAUCCACCAAGGGACGGGCACCACCUGGAGGUUCUCAGUCAUGGGCGAUCCUCUCGUGGACAACUACAUCAUCAGGGACUCGGACGCCCCCAUUCUGCAGAGGGAGGUGGACGCCGUCAGUCAGUGGCUGCAACUCGGCACGUGCUACCACGUGAUGCGGGACACGAAAUUCCACGGCGUCUCCAUCAUGGCGGGGAUGUGGGGCGGCUGCAACAGCUGGAAGCCAGACGAGGCUCGGACCGUGCGGGAUACCAUUCUGAAAAACGCCAAGAGGCAUUACGAAGACCAAACUAAUCUCAAUUUCAGACUGUGGCCCAGAAUCCGCAGCAACGUGACCCAGCACGACUCCUACCUCUGCUACAGGUAUCCGGGCUCGCUGCCCUUCCCUUCGGAGCGGUUCAACUUCACCUUCGUUGGCGCGAGGACCUACCGCCAGGAGCACGUCAAGGACAGAGUGUAUGGAGAGUGUCCUGUGGGGUGUAGACCGAAGGGCCAUGAAGACUGGUUGUAUUGUUGAUCUGCGCGUAGGCCGGCUGUGCGGGAAGAAUUUGGAAGUUCAGGAUCUUGUUGGUGUAAGCGGAGGGAUGCGUUGGUGUGACACGAUGGAUCGCCUGUGUACUGCUGUCCUAAAAGGCUUUAUGUGUGUGUGUGUGUGUGUGUGUGUGUGUGUGUGUGUGUGUGUGUGUGUGUGUGUGUGUGUGAGAGAGAGAGAGAGAGAGAGAGAGAGAGAGAGAGAGAGAGAGAGAGAGAGAGAGAGAGAGAGAGAGAGAGAGAGAGAGAGAGAGAGAGAGAGAGAGAGAGGCUUCCGUAAAAUGCCAUUGGAAAUUACUAUAAAGCUUUUAGACUUUUUGUUUAAACGCAGAUCUCUUUCCUCUGCCAAUUCAUCUUAAUAUCAGUACAUUCUGUUUGCAAGUGGAUAUCAUUACAGAAGCUAUAUGAUAGAUUCCAAAAGGAUUUAUAUUUGUCAAUAUUACACUGAUCGAAAGGAUAACAGAAAAUAGCAACUGCUAGAGGAUAUAUGCACGAGAUACUUGUAUUUCAAUAUCAAAUGCAGUGCAUAACAGGAAUAUGUAUGUGUAUGUACGGAUAUACAUAUAUAUAUAUGUGUGUGUGUGUGUGUGUGUGUGUGUAUGUGUGUGUGUGUGUGUGUGUGUGUGUGUGUGUGUGUGUAAACGUGUGUGUGUG